CUUCCGUUCUGUGGCUGAAGCUGGAGACUGUCGGAAACGAAACCAGUAUGAGAAAGUUUUAUUUUCUUUCCUCUGUGGUAUUGUUGGUGGAAGGUGUGUUUGGUGCUGAUGAAGUGAAAUCAAUAUCAGCAAAUGUAGGAGAUGAUGUCAUUCUAGAGACAGAUGAUGCUGAAGUACAGAGAGCUGAUGACCUGUUAUGGAGAAUUCAAGGUGAAAAAGGUUUAAUAGCAGAGUUCGAUAGAGAAACCAACACGGUCUCAGUCACAAAUGACGAGAGAUUCAGUGGGAGAGUGCUGCUGGAUAAGAGGACUGGAUCUCUGACUAUCAAGAACAUCAACACCGCAGACUCUGGAGUUUAUGAACUAGAGAUAAACAGCCGCAGUGGGAUCAAGACAAAGACAUUCAGUCUUAUUGUACACCCUGAGGUUGUCGUUGUUGAAGUGUCUGUGAUGGAAGGAGAUUCAGUCACUCUAAACAUUAAUGAUAAUGAAGUACAGAGAGAUGAGGAGCUGAACUGGAAGGUGAAGCCUAAAGAUGAAAAUGUUUUCAAAAGCAUUAAUGAUGAAAGAUUUAAGACAGGCGAAACUGGAUCUCUGACCAUCACAAACAUUAACAUCAAAGACUCUGGACUUUAUCGACUAGAGAUCAGCAGCAGCAGCACGAGCAGCGACAUCAGAUACAAGACCAGAUUUAAUGUUGCUGUCCACGUUGAGACAGAUGGACUGAAGUCAGUGUCAGUGAUGGAGGGAGAUACUAUCACUCUACGCACUGGUGUUACUCAGAUCCUCACUGCACGCUUAAACGGCACCAGCGCGAGCCGGAGUAACAUUAACCUGAAUAAGGAGACCGGAGAAAUCACCAUCAGAAACAUCAGAGGAGAUCAGUCUGGAGAUUUGGAAGUGGAGAUCAACUCCUCCAAUGUGACCGUGCACAGAAAAUUCAGUAUUAAUAUUAGCGAUUCAGGUUCCUCAGCUGCUGUAUCAGGCAUAUGUGGGGUCAGUUUUGGUCUGCUGGUUUGGGCUGUAGCUGUUUUGUUACUGCAAGAAGGUAUAAGCAACCAAACAUGUUUCAGACAAGAUAAAGUGAAUCAAACUCAGGAUCAGGAUGAAUAAUGAUGAGAAUCACCUCCAACAGAACAUAAUCAUAAUCUGUGACAAUGUAAACACAGGCUUUGCAAGGCAUACUGAUCAGUAUGGGGCUAUAUGCAACAAUUUUCUUGUUUUAAUCGCUUCUUUAUUGCCAAUAUGUGAACAUCUUGUAAUGAAGCUUAAAAAAUGAGACCUUCCCCAACUUAACUAGGUUGCCUAUAGCAGUGGUUCCCAAAGUGGGGGUCGCAAGACAGCAAGGAAGGGGUUGCAAGAGGAUUUCCAGAAAUAUACAACAAAUAAACAAAUAAAUAAAUGAUUAGAAAUAGCAUAUUUUAUCAAUAAUUGUAACAAAAAGUAGUAGUUAAACUGGUGCUGGAUGUGUUACUGCCGACCCGUACUGUCUGAGGUUUCCCAGUCAGGAAGUCCAACAGCCAGUUGCACAGAGAGGUGUUGAGCCCCAGCUGGACCAGUUUGUGAGUGAGCUGUUGAGGGAUGAUUGUGUUGAAUCCUGAACUGAAGUCCAUGAACAGCAGUCUUUUUUGUCCAGAUGUUUGAGGACAGAGUGGAGGGCAGUAGCGAUGGCGUCAUCGGUCGAGCGGUUGGAC